AGAUUUACUUACUAAGACACCCCACGGGGUACUAAUACGGGCGCUUCCAUCGCCCAUUUAUGGAAGGAACGACUAGAUCGACUACGUGCACGAUGGAGCCGCGUUCAGACGAAGCGAGAGUACUGGUGAUAUACACAGGCGGGACAAUCGGAAUGCUCGUCAGCUCACGAGGUUACGUCCCAGAGCCUUAUUUUCUUACCGACACCAUCCGGAGCCAAAAACGCUUCCAUGAUCCUUUGCAAGACUCCCUCUUUUCCAAUGCAGCCUCUGUAGAAGGUUACAGAGAGUGGAGCAAUAGCGGCAAGUCCACUCCAACCAGUUCAAAUCACGUCCCGACGCUGGCGGCAUCACCUCAACCGACCCUUCUCGUCAGGUCGUCACGCCCAAUUGGUACCAGCACCAGCACCAGCACUCUGUCUCCCUCUAUGUUCUCGCAGAUUCAGAAAGUGAUUGAGCAGCCAGAAUGCCGAAAAGUUGCUGAUGGUGUCUAUGAGACGCGCCUACCGAGUCUUGUAACCCCCCGAAGCGUCGUUCCUGGACAUGGCCAUACCAAACGCAUACGAUACGCAAUCCUUGAGUGGAAUCCACUCCUUGAUAGUAGCAACAUGGAAAUGGACGAUUGGAUCCGCAUAGCCGCAGAAAUCGAGCUAAACUACACUUCCUUUGAUGCCUUUGUGGUAUUGCAUGGCACAGAUACCAUGUCUUACACUUCGAGCGCACUUAGCUUCCUGCUUGAGGAUCUCGGUAAAACCGUUAUUCUUACUGGAGCUCAAAUACCCCUAUCUCAACUCCGGAACGAUGCCGUAGACAAUCUCCUCGGCGCACUGUCUAUUGCAGGCAACUUCAUCAUACCAGAAUGCAGCUUGUAUUUCAAUCAUACCUUGUACCGCGGUAACAGAGUGUCCAAAGCCUCCUCCUACGACCUCAAUGCAUUUCAUAGCCCUAAUUUCCCCUCGCUCGUAAACGUUGGAAUAGGUAUAGUUGUUAACUGGAACGACGUCCUACGUCAGACCAGUCUUCGAAGAUUUAAAGCCUACAAAGAGAUGAGUCCCCAUGUCGCAACUCUCCGCCUAUUUCCGGGUAUGACAGGCGCCACUGCUCGCGCAUUCCUAUCGCCCCCGACCCGUGGAAUUGUUCUAGAGACAUUCGGCGCUGGCAACUCUUCUCAACGUCCAGAUCUUCUCGCGGCACUCAAGGACUCAUGUGACCGAGGCGUCGUCAUCGUUGCAAUCUCACAAUGCGCCAAAGGCUCUGUGUCGGGUGAUUACGAGACAGGACAAACACUAAUUCAAGCUGGUGUCGUUCCUGGCGUGGAUAUGACUCCCGAGUGCGCUCUUACGAAGUUAAGCUACCUCCUCGCAAAACCCGAACUUACAGUGACCGAAGUUCGCUCACUUAUAAGUCUUCCUUUACGAGGCGAACUCACGCCUCCGUUGUCAUCCCUACCUGCUGCGCCCUCAUUGGAUGAUGUGAAUACGACCCUGUCAGGAUUGCUCUCUCAAUUCGUUCGUCUAUCGUCGGCGCGCAGGACAGACGUUCCUCAGAUUGUGAUUGGAGAAGAAGCGCAGGGUGCUGCAGCUCCAUGGAGCCGUACUGCCGCAGAGCACGCGAGUACGGAAGCUGCGCUCUUACCCUUUCUCAUGCAUCUCGCUGUCGCGCGAGAUGACAUCGAGGGACUUGAGUUCUGCCUUGCUUCGGGCGAGGCGGGUUCCGGCGUGACUGAGGGAACGGGAGAGGUGAUCGUACCAGGAGGUAUAGUGAAUUGCCUGGAUGCGGGGAGCGGGAGGAGUUCCUUGCAUGUCGCUGCAAUAAAUGGGAAUAUGAGGUGCGUCGAGAAGUUACUGGCGAGCGGUGCGUUGGUGCAUCUCAGAGACGGACUGGGACACACGGCCUUGUAUUAUGCUGCACGUCAAGGUUAUGCUGGCAUUGUCGACACGCUUGCGAGCGCAGGCGCGAAUCUCGGAGGGAUGGAGAAUGAGGUGGGAUAUGUGGGUCUCGCGGUGCGUAAUGCAGUUCGUGCUGGAAAUGAAGCUGGAGUGGAUAUUUGGAGACGGGCUGUGGCGGGUUUCAUACGUGUCGUAACUUAGCGUUAUGUAGUAGCACGCUCUUGUUAGAGCAUAAUGAGUUUGAUGAUACCGUCACGGAUGCCGCGGAUCAAAGCGUUCAAAACGUUCUGCUAUUUUGCCCCGACUAGCAUUGUAGCAAAGCACUUAAAUUAGCACAG